AAUAGAUGCCUUUACAGCUUUCAUUUCUUCCUCAAAACUUGAAAAAGAAUGGCGCGCUUGGGAACGGAGUUAGCAGCUCGGAUAAGCAGAGCUCUAAUCACCGAGUCAAAUAGCUCAAUCCCGACCCGUUCAUGGAAUCCAUUACUAGAGCAAACUCUACACAAAAUCGGUUGUCGCGACUCACUGAGUCAGUCGCUCGUGGCUCGAGUCAUCGACCCACAUCUCUUAACUCACCACUCUCUUGCUCUGGGUUUCUUCAACUGGGCUUCUCAACAACCCGGGUUCACUCAUAAUUCACUUACUUACCAUUCAGUACUCAAAUCUCUUUCUUUUUCCCGCCAAUUCAAUGCCAUUGAAUCACUGUUAAAGCAAGCCAAAGCUCAAAACCUGACUCUCGAUUCUUCAAUUUAUCGAUUUGUUAUUGAUUCUUUGAUUAAAAGAGGAAAAACCCAGAUGGCAUUUUUGGUUUUUAACGAGAUUAAAUCACAAAGUUUAGAUCUUGGGACUGAGACAAGUAACUCUCUUUUGGCUUCUUUGGGGUCUGAUGGGUGUUUUAACAAUGCAAUGAAGGUGUUUGAUGAAAUGAAUAGCAGAGGUAUUGGCUUUAGUACUAUUGGGUUUGGUGUAUUUAUAUGGAGGCUUUGUAGAAAUGGCGAUUUGGGUGAAGUUUUGCGCUUGGUAGAUGUGGUUGAAAGGUGGAAUUCCUUGAUUAAUGGGUCCGUUAUUGCGGUUUUAAUUGUUCAUGGGCUUUGUGAGGGUUCAAGAACAAGCGAGGCUUUGCGGGCAUUGAAUGAGUUGAGAAUUAGGGGGUGGAAACCUGAUUUUAUCGCAUAUAGGGUUGUUGCCGAAGCAUUUAGAUCGCUUGAAAGCGUGUUUGACGUGAACGAGGUUUUGAAGAUGAAGAGGAAGUUAGGAGUGGCACCGAGGAGUAAUGAUUACAGAGAGUUUAUUUUGGGUUUGAUUACUGAAAGACGGAUAUAUGAAGCAAAAGAAUUAGGCGCAGUUAUCGCAAGUGGCAACUUUCCUAUGGAAGACGAUGUUUUGAAUGCACUGAUAGGAUCAGUGUCGACAAUUGAUCCUUAUUCGGCAAUGAAGUUUUUUCAUUUUGGUAUUGGAAAAGGGAAGUUCCCAACGCUUUUAACGUUGAGCAAUUUGAGUAGGAAUCUAUGCAAGCAUGGGAAGAUUGAUGAGUUGUUGGAGGUAUACCGUGUUUUGUCUUCUAAUGAAUAUUUCUCUGAUAUGGAGAGUUACAAUGUGAUGUUUUCGUUCUUAUGCAUGGGUGGAAGAGUGAGAGAGGCUUAUGAGGUGCUUCAAGAGAUGAGAAAGAAAGGGUUAGACCCAGAUAUCUCAAUGUAUAAUUCCCUAAUUGAAGUGUUAUGUAGAGAAGAUCUGUUGCGUCCUGCUAAAAGGCUUUGGGAUGAAAUGUUUGUAAUCGGAUGUGGAGGGAACUUGAAAACUUAUAAUAUUCUCAUUGGGAAAUUCUCAGAAACAGGUCAAAUUGAAGAGGCUACGAGGCUUUUCAAUCACAUGUUGGAGAAAGGGGUGACACCUGAUGCUACAACUCACAGAUUCCUCCUUGAAGCCCUUUGCCAAGAAACAAUGUUUGAAACUGCAGUUGAUGUCUUCUACAAGCAUGUGAAUCACGAUGUAAUGCUUGCACAAAAUAUAUUGAAGACAUUGAUUCUAAACCUCUGCGGAAAAGGUCACUUCCUUGUUGCUUCUAAGUUUCUGUGUGACCUCACUCAUGACGUAAGUCAUUCAGAUGCCCAUGUGGUUUUGUUGAAAUGUUUAGCUGACUCUGAAGAGGUUCCAAUUGCAGUGGAACAUGCAAAACAAAUUCGAGGUAACUCACCUUCAAUGUUGCAAGUCAUAUGCACUAAGCUUUUGGCCUUUUCUUCUUCUUCUUCAAACCCAGAGCCUAUUUUGCACUUCCUUCAAGCUCUGUCACAAGAAUGUGUGAUCAGUAUAGAUUUCGGCAAUGAUUCUUGGAAGCAUGUAUGCAGCAAAUCAUUGAAAUGAUCAUAGUUAAAAUUCAUGUGAGAAGUUGGACUCCUUGGUAUCGACAGUGGACAACAACCAUAUGACUUGCAACAUGUGUUUCUUGCUAGUCUUCCUACAGCUAUGAUCAAAUUUGCAAAAUUAAUUGGCUGUAACAGAAGGCAACGACCAUCAGGGUUCAAAGUAGUCCAAGGUUCAAUCUAAAACAUUUCUACUAUUAUAGUUUUGUUUCUUUAAGUGUUCAACUGGCAUUUAUAGCAUACAGAUCUCAAGUCAGCAUCCUUCUGGAGGAUCCAUGCAUAUUUACAUCUGAGAUGACAUAUCCUGUGCAGAUUCCAACUCCACAGUUACUGCCACUACUCCCAUGACCUUUGUUUACUACGUUGGCAUGUUGUUACACCACGAAGAUGGUGGUAGUGCCCCUGAAUGAUGCUGAAGCCAAUAGAGAGCUAAUAGUGUCCAAAUCUUUGUCCUCAUUCCAAUUCGUGAGCCUGAUAAAACUGAUGAUCUGCUGUAUACCUUCCAUGUUCCCACUACUAGUUCAAAAUGGUCCUCCAUUGAUCUUAUCACAGAAAUAGUUCCUGUCCCAACCACCAUCACCACCUCCAUUGGUACAUGACCAGAUAAUUUCCUACGACAGCAGUUCUAAAUGCUCUCACCACUUUGUUGCCAAGCCUCCUUUCACAUGAUCAAUCAUUGGAAAUGUUUCCAUUCUCAAGGAGCCGUCUAAUUGUCACAUUUGAUGUUGAGAUGUCUAGCCAUCGGUGUCCUAUAGCCAAAGCCUCCCUACCAUCAGGGCUGGCCAAGAAGAGAACAGCAAUCCAAUAAGAAGACCAGCUCUAUAAGCUAGUUCUUGAGGUAUUCAGGAUCCCAUGGUCAAUAAGGAUUGCUACUGUGCAAUGGUGCCUUGUCAAGGGCAUUGCUGUUUUUAGUCUUGAUAGCCUUUCUUUGAGAAGCUACUUCACACUGGCUUGGAAUCUCUUGUGGAAAUGAACUAUAAUAAGGGAAGUCUUCUUCUCUAGCGCAAUUGAGCACACAUCAUGCAUCAUUUCAGUUGGAGAAAUUACAGUAAAAGGGUAAAACUAUAACUAGACUAUGACUGCUUUGCUUAAAGUAUCUGAAUGCAUUGAUCGGAUGUUUCCAGGUUUUGGCACUAUGAGACGGCUGUAUGGUCAGUUUGUGAGUGACAGAGAGAGGGUCUGCACUGCCAAGAAGCUCGAUCAGGUGGAGAACAUAAAUAAAUAGAGAUCUUCACUUUGUCGGCUUCAUGACCUCAAAGAGAAUGAUGACAGUGGGAACGAUCUAUUGAUCAUGGAUGCAUAACAUCAGUCACAGUUCAGGUGGAAUCUUGAGUACAUCGUAGAUAACAUCGGUCAGGGUUCAGGGUGGAAUCUUGAGAUCAUAGAUCUUUACCUGGAAACCAUAUACCUCCUUGAAAUAUCCUAGAGGGUGUUUUUUUAUUUUUUAUUUUUUAUGAUGGUUGCAAUAGAUCCUACUACAAGCACCAUGGAUAUGAACAUGGUCAUAAAGUCCCAUUGUCUAUUGCCUGCAUUCCAUUAGAAAACCAAUUUAUCACAUGGAUAAUAAUCAUUCAUAACAUUGAUGGAAAAAAUUGUAAUAUAGCAGUCAACUGCAAAUGAUAAGACUAUAGCUGUGGCAAUAAGAAUAUGAAUUUGAACA